CGCUGGUUGUUAGGAAAGGGUGUGUGGACGAAAGCGGUGGCAGGCGGCGGGCAGGCGGUAAGCAGGCCGGGAGCGGGCCCGGAGCGGCGCCCCCCGGCAGGCCGACUUUUGGCGCCCCCCGCUCGCGGGACCUGCGGGUUUUCGCCUUCUCCGCCGCCACCUGGGAGGGAAGUCGCCGAGGCUUUCUGGAGGAUCUGAGCGAAGGGAAACGGCUGUCAAGAUGGCAGCAGUUGGAGUAGCAGCGGCGGCGGCGGCGGCAGCCAGAAGGUUAUGAGUGCGUCGAUCCUGGAUCCACUAGCAACCUCAGGGAGAGUUUGGAGGUGCCCGGCCUGUGGGAUCUGGGGAUUGGCUCUCCUUUCCCGGGGGACGAGCAAGAAUAGCACGAAAACCUCCAGCCCCGGUCCCAGGGUGGAUUCCUUAGCCCGGCUCGGCGAUCCGCUAAACGCCGUUCCUCCAUUCCCUUCUCCUCUUCCUCCACUCCCUCCCUCCCCCUCGUUGCCCUCCGCCCUGACAGUGGCGAGGGCUGAAAUGAAAUCGGAUGCACGUUAACCCUCCCCUGGCCCCGGCACGGAAAAGGGGGGCGAAAAAGUCCUCGAUCCGAUUCCGGAGCCAAACAUCCAACUGCAGAAACACGAGGGACGGGUGAUUGGAGGCUCGACAGAUCCAGCGUGAUCUCUGCUGGGGGUUUGGGGGCGGAGGCGGAGCGGAAGACGCCGCUGACUUUUCCUCUUGCCACCGAAGCGCUUUUGCAGCUGCACGGGGUGAAACAUAAACAAACAGUCGCGCACGCAGACACACACGAAGAGCGGGCGAGGAGUAGCCCCACUCCCGGUUUUAAAGGGACGGCCCCCACCCUCCUCCCCCUCCGCUUCCCUUCCCCCCGCCCCUCCGUCGCUGUGCCCCCUCCCACCUCGGCCCGGCGAGGCCCCGGAGAGCCCGCACAUCUGGCCCGGCCGGGGGAGGGGCCGCCCCCUCCGGACCUCAUCCUGGACAUUUCCUGAGCCGGUGGCGGCGGCGGCGGCGGCGGAGAAGAAUCGGGACGCUCGCCCGGCCGAGGAUGCCCGCGCCCCGGGCUCGCUAGAGGAACUAGUCGGGGGCCUAGUGGAGGAGGACGGGACCGGACCGGGCAGGAGAGGAGACGGCGGCGGCGAAGUGCGGGAUCUCUCGACCCGGUUGGGGGGCGAGCCUUCCUUCUCCCCCCGGGCGGGGCUGGCGGGCAGGAUGGCGGUGGCUCCGGCCCCGCUGUCCCCGCUGGACGUGGAGCUGGACCCGGACUUCGAGCCCCAGAGCCGGCCGCGCUCCUGUACCUGGCCGCUGCAGAGGCCCGAGCUGCAGGCGAGUCCGGCCAAGCCCUCCGGGGAGGCGGCCGUCGCCGCCGGCUCCAUGAUCCCCGAGGAGGAGGACGACGACGACGACGAGGGCGGCGGGGCCGGGGGCGCCGGGGCCGGGGCCGCGGGCGGCGGCGUGGUGGCUCUGCUCCUGCCCGAGGGGGCGGCCCGGCUGGCGGCCCCCGGGGCGCAGGACGCGUCCGGGACAGCGCCGACGCCGCCGCCGACAACCGGGUUGGUCGCGGGGCAGCAGCAGCAGCAGCAGCAGCAGCAGCAGCAGCAGCAGGCGCCGCCGCUCCAGCAGUUGCAGCAGCAGCAACAAGCGCCGCAGCCGGCGGCGGCGGGGGCGUCCGGCCAGCCGAGGAAGUGCUCGUCUCGCAGGAACGCGUGGGGGAACCUGUCCUACGCGGACCUCAUCACCCGCGCUAUAGAGAGCUCGCCGGACAAGCGGCUCACCCUCUCCCAGAUCUACGACUGGAUGGUGCGCAGCGUGCCUUACUUCAAGGAUAAGGGCGACAGCAACAGCUCCGCGGGCUGGAAGAACUCAAUCCGGCACAACCUGUCCCUACACAAUCGCUUCAUCAGGGUCCAGAACGAGGGGACUGGGAAGAGCUCCUGGUGGAUGAUAGACCCGGAUGGGGGCAAGGGCGGGAAGGCCCCCAGGCGCCGGGCCGUCUCAAUGGACAACAGCAACAAGUACAGCAAGAGCCGCGGGCGAGCGGCCAAGAAGAAGGCCACCCUGCAGGCCGCCCAGGAGGGGACGGAGGACAGCCCAGGGUCACAGCUGGCCAAGUGGCCGGGCAGCCCCACCUCCCGCAGCAGCGACGAGCUGGACGCGUGGACGGACUUCCGCUCGCGGACCAACUCCAAUGCCAGCACGGUGAGUGGGCGUCUCUCGCCCAUCCUGGCAAGCGCGGAGCUGGACGAGGCCCAGGACGACGCCGGCCCACCCUCGCCCAUGCUGUACAGCAGCCCCACGACCAUGUCCCCGGCCGGAGGCACCCCGUGCAUGGUGGAGCUGCCCCGGCUGACUGACAUGGCGGGGACCAUGAACCUGAACGACGGGCUGGCGGCAGACGACCUCAUGGAUGACCUCCUGGAUGACAUCUCCCUGCCCUCCAGCCAGCCGUCCCCCUCGGCGGGGCUCCUGCAGCGGAGUGCCACCUUCCCCUACGGCCCCAAGGGCUCGGGGCUCGGCUCCCCGCCGGGCGGCUUCGGCCCCGCAGCCUUCGGCCCCUCCCCCCUCAACUCCCUCCGCCAGUCCCCCAUGCAGACCAUCCAGGAGAACAAGCCGGCCACCUUCUCGUCCCUGUCUCAUUACGGCACCCAGACGCUGCAGGACCUGCUGGCAUCCGACUCGCUGAGCCACAGCGACGUCAUGAUGACGCAGUCGGACCCGCUGAUGUCGCAAGCCAGCACGGCCGUGUCUGCCCAGAACCCCCGCCGGAGUGUCAUGCUCCGGAGCGACCCAAUGAUGUCCUUCGCCGCCCCGCCUGGCCAAGGCGGCCUGGUCCACCAGAACCUGCUCCACCACCAGCACCCGGCCCAGGGCUCCCUGGGCGGUGGCCGGGCCCUGGCCAGUGCCGCCAGUGGCCUGGGGUCGGGCAAGCACCAGCAGCAGCAGCAGCAGCAAACGCAGCAGCCACAACAGCAGCAGCAGCAGCAGACGCCACAGCCACCGCAGUCCCCCGUCAGCCAAUCUAUGCAAACCCUUUCCGACUCCCUCUCAGGCUCCUCUUUGUAUUCCUCGAGCGUGUCCCUCCCAGUCCUGGGCCAUGAGAAAUUCCCCAGCGAUUUGGAUCUGGAUAUUUUCAAUGGGAGCUUGGAGUGUGACAUGGAGUCCAUCAUCCGCAGUGAACUCAUGGACGCGGACGGCUUGGAUUUUAACUUUGACUCCCUCAUCUCCGCUCAGAACGUUGUCAGUCUGAAUGUGGGAAACUUCACUGGUGCUGCGCAGGCCUCCUCCCAGAGCUGGGUGCCGGGCUGAAGGCUCUUGGAGGAAAGGGAGAAUGGGCGAGCAGACCCUGAAACUGACAUGAGAAAACCCUUUGCCAAAUCUGCUUUCAGCGAGUGGACAGUGCGACCGUUUACAGCUUAACGACCUUUGUGAAUCCCGCAUCGUUUCCCUAACAAGCAGAGACUGGUCAUGGCCUCCCCUUCCCAGCCAAACAGUGAGACAACUGUGCUCCUUGGACCUGGACUCUGAAGUAUGCAACAUCUUCUCCUGCGGGAAGGCCUCGCGCUUUCUCCCCCCCAUAUCUGCCCGCCCACCCACCCGCCUGCCCUCCCCGGGGCAGGGCGUGAAGACAGCACUCAAUGCCAUCCUUUCGAGAACACACUGUGUAGCCUCUAACUGUAGUUGUUUGUUGAAGAGUAUGUGGUGUUUUAAUAUAUCAAUGGUUUAUGGGAUGUUUUAAGUUUUUUGUUUUUGAUUUUUUGGGUUUCUCUCACUCACCCAUGUGCAGUAUUUUUCUGUUUGAUAUUUUCACUCUCCUGUCCCUGGAGGGGAGUUUCUGCCAGUUGCCAUCCCCACUACUGACGUCACAAGCAUUGGAGCCUGCCAUACUCCGAGGACUAACCAAGGGCAUAGACGAAGGAGAAUUGUGUGUCUCGUUUUAUUUCUUUCUUUUAGAAAAUUCCUUUUCUGAAGCUUGAACAGUGGCACAGAUGUUUUCGGUAAGCACCAGUUCACAACUGGAUACAUCACAGGAGAAACAGAUGAAGCUGCCGCCGUCCAAGUAUGCUGGUUCACUGGUUCUGUGGGAGGGCCUGCUCUUUGGAGGACGGUCUACCUGCCCGGGGACCAGCCAAAGCUCAGGUUGGUCCGACCGGGGGCCCAGCUGGCCGACGCUCAGGUCAGCCCAGCCAGGGGUCCGGCUGGCCAAUGCUCAGGUCGGCCCGGCUGGGGCCUCUGGUCGGUAAUUCCUAGUCGGUGUGGUGAACAGUGCCAGUCUGUGCAGUGGAAAUAAGGAGACUACACCGUUUCAAGGAGAGAUGGAAACAAAACUGUCCACUCCUAGCCAGGAGUCCAGAGGAGUUGUGUUCUGAAGGAGGAAGAAGGAUCAUCUCUGUGCAUGAUGUAGAUGAGCUGAAAGCACAACUAGCAGUCAAACAAUCAGGAAGGUAGGAGGGCAAACCCCAGUCACUGCAGAGGUGGUUCUUCCUUCAGAGUUUUCUCAACAACUUCCAGUGGUUCUUUUCCCAACUCGUGGCAGUAAUCUAGCCUCCCACUGGGAGUGAACGAGGGCAUAUGAAGAACCGAGUGACCUGGGGAUAAGCUUGGAUCGUAACCGGACGACCAACGCCGUGGAAGCGCAAGGCGCAGUAGCUAAGGGUUUUCCAUUUUGUUAUACCUGAUUUUAAGGACUUUAUUUUGGUUCUAUGAAAAAAAAAAAGAUGGUGCUGAUUCGGUGCUUUUCUGUUCCACCUGGAAUGUGUGACUAUUCCACUAGACUUGCCACGGCGGGGAGGUGAAAGGAAACCACAGUGGUACAUGAGAGUUUGGAAUGACGUGCGCAGAGUUUGCACACUUCUCCAGAACUAUGGGAAGCCCUUUUUUCUUUGCAUAAAACAUUCUGCAUAUAAAUAUAUAAAUAGCUUUUAUGGUGUACAACUCAGAAUGGAUCAUUAUGCAUGGACUGUAGGAGUACAGACUCCCAUCAACCCCAAGCGUCACUGUGUUGGGGGGGGGGAUGCCCUCCUCACCCUAUGUGGCGGGGAGAAGCAGUGGGGGAGAGAGAGAGAGAGAGAGAGAGAGAGAGAGUGUGUGUGUGUGUAUGUGUGUUUCCUCCAGCGGACAUACACUCUCUGCCUGCACCUGCCAUCAGUGGUCAGGACAGGGGCAUUUCCGGCUUGCAGCCCCCCAGGGGCCCACACAUUGAGAGAGUGGGCCUAGGAAAGGGGAAAUUUCAUCUGUGAUGUUAGCAGCUCCCCGGUCUCAGUGACAGUCCAGUUCACUGCAUUGUGCGUUUUCCUGAAUCUGCAAACUUGUGCAGUUGUGGUCAUGUAACAUUGUAGCAUGUCAACUCCCUGAAUAACUAAGUUUCUCACUUUCAUUAAAAAGGGGGGGAGUGUGUGUGUGUGUGUGUGUGUGUGUGUAUGUAUGUAUCAUUUUUAAAGUAUUCAAAUGGCCUCUCAGUGGCAGAGAUCUGCUUUGUGUACGUUAUUUUGUCAUGAUCGUGGCCCAGAGAGUAGGUGCUAGUCCAAAUCUAAUUUCUUGCUAGCCACCUGGGUAAAUAUAAUCACUGGAAGAUCUGGUAUAAGUAGAGGAGAACUUCCCUCAGCCUCCUUCCUCUCUUCUUCCCUUACUUUUCCUGUUUUUCUGCUCCCUCCCUCUAUCCCCUUCCUCCUCCUCCCUCUUGCCUUCCCUUCCCCCAGAGCCCUUGCUUAGAUGACAGAAGCUAAUGCUGGGCCUAGAGGUAACUCUUCUGGCAGAGGCGGUCUGGGUGGCAGCAGGGGAGGGUGGUUCUGGUGGUAAAGGGGUGAGAACAGAAAAAGUGGGGAGCCUUGGAGUGGGAGGAGAGCCAGGUGGGGGCAGGGGUAGAGGUGGCCACCUCCAGAGGAGGGCCAGUGGCCAAUGGAAAGGCUCACAUUUCAAAUUCCUCCUCGUAAAUCAAAGAUACAAAGUUGCACUUUUUCUCAGCUGUGCUGCUGAGCCAGCAACUGCCCCUGGAUGAAGGAGGCCUCUCCUGAGUGAGGGGCUUCAGGCCUGAAAGGGGAAAAGGCGGACCUGGGAAUGCCACUGAAUGGAACCUUCUCCACCCAUUAUGCUCCUUGUGCCCUGUGCCCAGGCUAGCAUGUGUGCUCUAAUCAGUCAGUCAAUCAGUGGUGAUGUGGAGAAAACUAUAAUAAGCACUCGAGAGAACAAUAGAGUAAGUAGACUCAACCCUGCCCUCCAAGAGCUUUCAAUCUCCCAGAGCUAAGGAAGGACAUGGAGCCUGGGCUGCAGUGUAGGAGAGGAGAGAACACUCAGUGACACCACCCGAAGCAAGCUCUUUGGAACAGACACAGAUAUCUCUCCCCUGCUUCCCCGGGCUGCAGUGACCCCCUGGGACAGAGGCUAGGGGCUGGGGUUCAAGUCAGUCAGGAGCCAUCUGUGACUCCUGGACCCUCCGUGCCCACCGUAGGCCCCAGGCUGUGCCGGUAAGGGCGAUAGGGGAGGAGAGGUGGCUGCAUGGGCCCCAUGUGGGGGGAAUCCUGUGCCUUUCAUUGGUCACUCAGGUGGACAGACACCCCCCCCCCCCCCCCCCACCACAGAGUGUCCCAGUCGCCCUUCUCCAGGCAUGGAAGUAGAGUGUGGCCAGGGUGAGUCUCAUGUGGCUUUCGAGGCUGGUGUCCAGAGCCCAGUGCCUAAGUCAAGCUGGCCUAACCAGUAAUUUUUGAGUUCCGAAACCACCCAAAGCAGACCUAGGGUCUUCCUCGCCACUUCGUUCCCUCCCUUCCUCCCCCUCCUCACCCUCCAUCUCUCCCUACCUUCCUCUUUCCUUCCCUCUGUUCUCCCCUCCUUUCCUCUCUCCAUCCUCCCCCCACCCCCACCAGAAGGCAGGUGUGUAUAGGGGGAAUUAGGCGAUUGAUUGCACUCUGUGGGAAACAGCUCCCCCCAGCUACCUGAGUCCAGAUGCAGACACCUACCUUUACCAAAGUUAGACAAGAGCUUUAACGUGUUUUGCUGUCCCUAGCGUGGUGCCGAGGCUCUAGCCGGGCGGGUUCCAUCCUCAGCUAGACGUGGUUCUUAUGCUAUGUCCCUUUUCCUUGCCGAAUACCCUUUUUUCCACUUUGAAAGUCUCUUCCUCCUCUUAAUGGGGAAAAUAAUGCCCACAUACAGUACAGAGCAGGCUUUGUGCUUGUUGGGGGGUUUAAAAGUAAUGUGUGUGUGUAGCACCUGUCCCUCUCUGCCCUCAGGGAGAGGAUUGGUCCUGGCUUGUUCCUAGAAGCUGACAGUCCCACUCAUGGGAGAUGGGUGGGGGGGAGUGAUUUCAUAUUGAUCAUGAGUAGGAACACAUCUACCCUCUACCAAACAUGAUCUUACCCACAGGGAUGCUUGGAGCUAGGAUCCUAUGGUCGUAGAAUAUCCAAGCCACUGCUGUAGGCAGGAACUUCUUGGGCAUGUGAAGAGGGAGGCAACAAAAUGUGACAUGAUCUCUCCUACCCCAAAGCCUUUCUUUUUUAUCACAAUUCUAAAUUGUAAUUUCUUUGAGGAUAGCUCUGGAACACUAUAUGCCUGAACAGAAGUGUUUACAAACAAGGGAAUUGAUUCUCAGAAACAACCAAUGGCAGGGAGGUCCUAAACAAUGUCUCCAGGAUCGAAAAACUGAGCAGAGAUGAAAAGUUUCUGAAAUCAAGUCAUCCAAUGAAAUUGAAGGGCAGGCACACAGGAAAGAGUGUAGUGUUCUAUUUCAAAAAAACAAAACAAACUUAUAAAAAUGGAUAACAUGUAUACUGUUUGAAUGAUUGUAUACUUUUCCUCUUAUUUAAUUUUGUGGUUUAUUUGCUUUUAUGAACGAUUGGUUUUUAGGCCCUCGCCUAACUCCAGAAAUAUUUGUACCACUGCUUUAAAAAGCUAUAUGUUAGGACAUUUAUUUCUCUAAAAUGAUGUCAUUGCUUGGCAGUCAGUCUCCUCAUAAUCAUCAUAGUACAUUAUGUACAUUGGAAAUGUUAACAGAUGUGAAGGAGGACCAGAUAAAGUAGUCAAUAUUAAAAAAUGUAUUGUGCAUUUUGGCUUCACAUGUUAAACUUUUUUUAAAAAAAGUUGCAUGAAUGGAAAAGCUAUGUAUACAGUAUCUGUAAAACUGUCUUAUCUCUUUCAGUUUCUUGCUAACAACUCCUAAAAAUUUAAAGGAUCUGAAACUCUCAGCCUCAGUGUUUGGCAGCCAUUCUUGCCAUCCCGAGAGCUGAGCGGUUUCUGCCUUGCCUUGGUGCUGUCUGGGCCUUUCUCCGGAGGCUGGCCGCUGGGGAGGUUGGGGGUUGGGGGGCCUCGGGAGACCAUGCUUUGCCUACAGGGAAAUGUGACCAGCAGCUGUGAGAAGACGCGGAGGCCCCAUCACAGGCCCGGCCCAGCCAGGCCGCCACUCAGGGUGACCUUGGGCCAGUCUGAGUGCCCAGGUUGGCCCACAUUUGGGGGAAGUUUAUAAACCCUCGUUCCGUCGAGCCGUCAUUGUCAUAGCAUUCUUCCUCAGGCUCUUGCCCCACCAGUCGCUGCCGUGGAUCCAUAGAUGACCUUUCUUCACAGAGUUGGAAACCAGUUUGAUUUUUGGGACUCGUCCCUCUCCAGAUGAAGUAGAGUCACAGGGCUGACUGCCCUCGUGUUUGUAGAUACUGCCCCCUUCCCCUACCCCCACCCCGUGUAUUCCAUUUUCAAUUGUAAUCUAGUUUGUAAACGAGAUGGUGACGCAUGUAAAUAAAGCAUAAUGGAUCUCUA